UAGCAGCUGUGGGAACCAAACAGCUCGACAAAAACAUGAAUGAUACCACGGGCCGCUUUCUAACGUCCUCUCAUCACAAACACAAGCUCAUUUAGCCUUUUCAGAGAACUAACGGUUCACAGAAGGAGGUGUGUGAGUUCUACAUUAUCUGAAUCAGCAUAUUACAGCGGUGAAUCAGCAAAUUACAGCGGUGAAUCAGCAUAUUACAGCGGUGGCUCAGCUAGCUAGCUGACGUUACGUAAUGGCGCUAUAACGGAAGGCUCGUGUCCCACAGAAAUAAAAGUGCGACUGUUGCAAACUAGUUUUACUAAAAGAAUGUGAAUCACUCUCCCACCACUGUAUAACCAGGGUCCACUGUGGUUAUCUCUGGUGAACUGAGCAGCCUACAGUCUAUUUGUGUAAUCUAUUACAGUAUGAUAAUUAUAAGACCUGUAAUGACAGUGGUUGCACAGAGACCUGGAUUUAUUUGCAGCAAUUAGUUAAAAGCACUGUUAUUCAUAUGCAUAAUGCUCAAAACAAGAUGUUCACUAAAGCUCUAACAUGAUUUAAAUAAUCUGAACAAAAAGCUAUCUUUUGAUUAUCCAUAAAGAAAAACACAUUGAAGUGAUAUUUGCAUUUUCUGUAGAUUGAGAAAAUAGAGCACUUAUGGAUGAGAAAUCAGGAAUAUGUCCAUCCUGGGCACACAAGUUUAAGUAAUCCUGUUUAAUAUAUUAAGUAAGUAGUUCCUCGGGUAGGUUGUUCCAAAGUUCAAGUUCAACACUUAUCUUCCUCGGGACAGUGAUCUAUAGAGUAGGUCUGUCCCUCUCAGUGCAGAGAGCAGAGCAUCAUAAACUGGGGCCAAGCCAGUGUGUGAAGUAGUUUCUUUGAAAGCAACUGAAGAGCUGUGUUAAUCCAUUUUACUACAGAGUGGUUAGAGCGAUGCAGUACUGCAGCACUCGGGGUGGGGUCCAUGGAUGGGACUUCCGGGAUGUCCUGUUUUCAGGUUACGCUCCAGAUGGGGGGAUGUUCAUGCCAGAGAGCGUGCCCGUGCUCAGCCCAGACACCUUGAGGGGCUGGAGGGGGCUGCCCUACACCAAACUGGUGGUGGAGGUCGCCUCACUGUUCAUCCCCACCCAGCUGAUCCCCAGAGAGGACCUGGAGGUCCUGGUGGGUGAAGCCCUGUCCGGUUUCUCUGUGCCUGAGGUGGUUAGAAUUGCCCGGCUGAAGGAGGGUCUGUCAGUCCUGGAGCUCUUCCACGGAGGCACCUUGGCCUUUAAGGACCUGGCUAUGACCUGCACCGUGCGCUUCCUCAACUACUUCCUGCAGAAAGAGAACCACAGAGCUACUGUUGUUGUGGGUACAUCAGGAGACACAGGUGGAUCAGCCAUCCAGAGUGCAAAAGGUCUCAGUGGGUUGGAUGUGCUGGUGGUUUACCCCCGCGGACGCAUCACUCCAGUUCAAGAGAAACACAUGAUCACCUGCCUGGAGGACAACAUCCACGUGUUUGCAGCGGACGGCAGCUCAGAUGACAUAGACCAGCCCCUGCGCCGUCUCUUUGCUGACCAGGUGCUGGUCAAGUCUCACGGCCUUAUGAGUCUCAACUCGGUCAACUGGUCUAGAGUCAUGAUCCAGCUCGCCCACUUCAUCUACGCCUACCUAGAGCUCAGUGGUACAGAGCAGGCUGGUGGAGACCUGCCUGAGCUGGAGGUGGUGGUGCCCACUGGAGGGGGGGGGAACAUCGCAGCCGGCUACAUUGUAAAGCAGAUGGGGCUGCCCCUGAAGCUGGUUGCCAUGGUGAAUUCUAAUGACAUAGUGCACAGGACGGUAACCACUGGCGACUUCUCCAUGGCAGCUGAUGUCACACAGACUUUGGCCCCUGCCAUAGACAUCCAGGACCCGUACAACAUGGAGCGAGUGUUCUGGCUGCUGCUGGGCAGAGACGGAGCCUCAGUGAAGAACAUGAUGGAGGAGUUUCAACGAUCACGUAGACACUCUCUCCCUGAAAGCCACCGCAAACUGUUGUCACAGGUUUUAUCAACUGGAACGGUGAGUGAUGAAGGGAUCCUGGAAACCAUGAGGAGAUGCUGGGAGGAAAACCAGUAUGUGCUAUGUCCACACACAGCUGUGGCUGUAUGGCAUCACUACCACUGUCCUCACAGCCCCACGGUCAGCAGGUGUUACGUUGCAACAGCAUCUCCAGCCAAGUUUCAAGCAGCAGUGCAGAGAGCUGGCCUGACCUUUGACCUUCCUGAGGCGGUGCUGGCAUUGGACAAGUUGGCCAGCCGUUACCAGAACCUGGAGCGGAGCCUGAACUGGUGCAAAGACUGGGAGGACAGACUGAGAGAAAAAAUCCAGUCUGUGAGUUCAGUCAGGGAUAACAGAGGGACUUACUACGUCUGAGUAUGGAAGAUGUUAUUGUACUGUAAAAUAUUCAGAGAUCCUGAUUAGACAUUAAAGUAUGGGCGAGGUCAGGUGACUGUAGCAGACUGUCCUUGAUCUGUGCACUUCCUUAUCUGAAUGUAGUAAAUUAAAUUGAUGGGAAAGGCCUCCUGUUGCCUCUUUGAUGGACUUUGGUCUGUAGUGUCAUAUGACUUGUCUUUGUAUUUGUACAGUGAUGUCAUAUACCACAAACCAAUCAGCUGUCUUCCUUCCACAACUUUAACACAAAUGUGAAUUAAAUCAAGUAAUUUUCUAUGAGUGUAACUGUCUCAAAAACAAUAAAAAGUUUAAAAUGAGUUUAAUUUAAA